AUGUUCUCUUCUUCCAAUGGUAGCAAAAAACCAGUACAACAGGAGAUGGUUCAGGUUGAGCGUGCUGAAUCAUCAUCUCCUUUUUGGCGUGCCCGAACAGCAAGUGGUCGCCGUGAUGCAUCGCCUAAGAAGCAAAGUAGCGAUUCGGGACCCGGGCUUGUUGUGGGGGCUGGAUACUCUCAUGCCGACAUACUGAAGUUUGAUAACCUAUCAUUAUCUAACACCUCACGCCCCCGAACGCCUCCUGCCAAUCCUUCGCACAAGCAUCGAAGCAAUACUCCACCGCAACGAGGUCCGGCAACAUUGUCCCCGCCACCUCGUAGAACCUAUACAGAUUUCAUAUCGCAUACCAAUAACGAUUGGGCUGCAGAUGAUGAAGAGGAGGAAGAAGAUGAGUAUGGAUAUGAGGAUGAUGAUGGAGAUGAUUUUGGCCUUCCAAGUAUCUCCAGCAAGAAGCGCAAGAACCAGAGCCGUCUGAAAAGUGCGUCAGCUGGUACCGCAGUUGAAGAAGGUAGUACCACUCCGUGGCGCUCUAGUUUUGGGGCGAGUGCAAUGGGCUUAGGGUCGCGAAGAAUGUCAAACAGUGCAGAUAUUGCGAUUGAAAGACCAGCGCCAAGUUAUCCAGUUGCAAAAAAGAGCGAAGGGAAGAUACUCCGGCCUCAAUAUAAAGAAAUACUCCGGGAUCCGGCAAAUUCUCUACACCUAAUAGAUCACCCUCCAGUACCACCUAAUGCCACAUCGAAAGAAGUAGAAGCACACGGAGCCCGGAUAACGCGAAUAAACAAAUUUAAAAAGAUAUUACAAGCUACCUCGAUACCUUUGACCGAACUCAGAGAUGCCUCUUGGAAUGGAAUACCAGAAGAAGUUCGUGCGAUGUCGUGGCAACUCCUACUUGGUUAUCUUCCGACUAGCAGCGAAAGACGCGUAGGCACACUGGAACGUAAACGAAAGGAAUAUCUUGAUGGGGUACGACAAGCUUUCGAAAAAGGCGGCACUAAUUCUGCUCCCACUGGCAAAGCCAGAGGACUUGAUGAAGCAAUUUGGCACCAGAUCAGCAUCGACGUUCCGCGAACUAAUCCUCACUUGGAGCUUUACAGUUAUGAAGCUACACAACGAUCUUUAGAAAGGAUACUAUAUGUUUGGGCGAUUCGCCAUCCUGCAAGUGGUUAUGUUCAAGGCAUUAAUGACCUUGUCACGCCAUUCUGGCAGGUUUUCCUCGCAACCUAUAUCGCAGAUUCAGAUGUAGAAAGUGGCAUGGAUCCAGGGCAGCUCCCAAAACCAGUGUUAGAUGCAGUUGAAGCAGAUUCAUUUUGGUGUUUAACAAAACUUUUGGAUGGCAUUCAGGAUAACUAUAUUUUUGCGCAGCCAGGGAUUCAACGUCAAGUGGCGUCACUUCGGGAUCUAACCGCAAGGAUCGAUGAGCCAUUGGCCAAGCAUCUCCAAGCAGAAGGCGUUGAAUUUAUACAAUUUAGUUUCCGAUGGAUGAACUGUCUUUUGAUGCGGGAGAUUAGUGUUCAGAAUACUAUUAGAAUGUGGGACACUUACUUGGCCGAGGAGCAAGGUUUCUCAGAAUUUCACUUAUAUGUGUGCCUCGCAUUUCUUGUAAAAUGGUCCUCUAAAUUACUAAAGAUGGACUUCCAAGAGAUUAUGAUGUUUCUUCAAGCGCUACCAACUCGCAACUGGACGGAGACUGAUAUCAAUAUGCUUCUGGGAGAAGCAUUCGUAUGGCAAUCCCUUUUCAAGGGCUCCUCGUCACAUUUACGUGGCAGCAGUAGUACUACACCCUCGAGUGCCCCUUAUUGA